AUGGGAUAUAAGAGUGGAAAGCUGUUCGAAGUUCCGAUUGACAGUAAUGGCAGAGUCGUCGUCACCAGGCUGGCGGAGAGAGUCUACAUGAUCAUGUGGAACUCUGCACCGGACAAUCGACUCACUACUUCUUUCUGCAAUGCUGUGCACACUGCGUUGGACAUCCUGGCACUCAAGUAUCCUCAUGGCGUGGUCAUUACCACGUCUGGCAUCAGCAAGUUCUAUAGCAAUGGACUGGAUCUUGAGCAUGCAAAUUCAAACCCGACAUUUACCAAGGACUCGCUCUUUGCGCUUUGGAAAAGAUUGUUGACCUACCCAAUGCCCACCAUCGCCCUUAUCAACGGCCAUGGCUUCGCAGGCGCCCUAAUGACAGCCAUGAUGCACGAUUACCGAAUCAUGAACCCCCAUCGCGGCUACAUCUGCCUCAACGAAUGCUCUCCCCAGACUUACCGCACUUUGGUACUUGAAGGCAAACGUUUCAAAGCUUUGGAAGCCCUAGAAGCGGGUAUUAUCGAUGGUGUAGGUGGUUUGGAUGAGGUUGUUGCGUUUGUGGAGGAAUUGAACUUGGUGAGCAAGACGGACAAAGGGAUAUAUGGAUUGUUGAAGAGGGAGAUGUGGAGGGAGACUGUGGCGUUCUUGGAUGCGCCUGAUGAGGAGGCUGAGUACAAGGAAAGUGUCAAGAGACAGGAUGAGGAGUUGGGAGAGAAGGCUAAACAGAGAGUCAAGGAUUGGGAGGCUGCUAAGGCUAAGUUGUAG